CGCUCGCGUGGCGGCGGCGGCGGCGACGGCGACGGCGAGCGGCGUCAGAGCGGGCUGGGGUGGGGGGGCUGACGGCUUCUGGCGGGUGGCGGUGUCGGCGGCGAGCGCUGGCUGCGCCCGUGCGGCUCGUGUCCCAGGAACCCGGACGGAGAGCGCGGGGCCGAGGGCGGCCGUCUUCCACGUCCGCGGCGUCGGGAGCAGCGCCGCGCGGACGCUCCUGCAACCCCUCAGUUCCCUCGGGCUCCCUUUCCUCGCGCCUCGAGGCGGCGGGGCGCCGGCGGCCACCGCGGCCACCGCCAGCACCAGCACCAGCACCGCCGCCGCCGCCGCCGCUGCCGCCACCACCGAGGCGGCGCCUCACCUCCCCCACCCCACCCCCUGCUUGCCCCCGGCCCAAAAGGGCCUGCUCCGCGCCCAGCCCCCGCCCGCCCGCUACGCCGCCGCCGCCGCCAUGUCGGCGCAGGCCCAGAUGCGCGCCAUGCUGGACCAGCUGAUGGGCACCUCCCGGGACGGGCCCUGGUGGUGGCAACCGCCUGUGUGCCACUGAAAAUCGUGCCGAUGCCUGGCAUACUGCAUAAAUGGAAGCAGGGUACCGCGCAUCAUGGGCUAAGGAAAGAGCACUGGGCUGAGACUCAGGAGACCUGGGUUCUAGCCCCAGCUGCACCUCUAAUUGUGACCUUGGCCUUCACAGUUGUUGAUCACAUAGCAUGGUCAUCCACUCACAGCUUAAAAAAAUACAGGGAGCAUCGGAGAGAAUGGGUUCAAUGUAUCUAUGCCUGCCUACUUCAGUCUGCAAGGGAGUGUCAGAAAGGCCCCGCAUUCGCCGAGCCCAAAGGGGACACACUUCAGCUGGAACAAAAUAGUGGAAGAAAUGGCGUCUGGGGUUCAGUGGGGAUUCGCAGAGACACGACACGUCAGCGAAUCAAAUUCAGUGAUGACAGAGUAUGCAAGAGUCACCUUCUCAACUGUUGCCCCCAUGAUGUUCUCUCGGGAACUAGAAUGGAUCUUGGAGAAUGUCUGAAAGUGCAUGACCUGGCUCUAAGAGCGGAUUAUGAAAUCGCAUCCAAAGAACAAGAUUUUUUCUUUGAACUCGACGCUAUGGAUCAUCUGCAGUCAUUCAUUGCUGACUGUGAUCGAAGGACAGAAGUGGCCAAGAAGAGGCUAGCAGAAACUCAAGAAGAGAUUAGUGCGGAAGUGGCUGCAAAGGCAGAACGUGUUCAUGAAUUAAAUGAAGAAAUUGGUAAAUUAUUGGCUAAAGUGGAACAGCUUGGAGCUGAAGGGAAUGUGGAAGAAUCCCAGAAAGUAAUGGAUGAAGUAGAGAAAGCGCGGGCUAAAAAAAGAGAAGCAGAGGAAGUUUAUCGGAAUUCUAUGCCAGCUUCCAGUUUCCAGCAGCAGAAACUUCGCGUGUGUGAGGUUUGCUCGGCCUAUUUAGGGCUCCAUGAUAAUGACCGGCGACUGGCGGACCAUUUUGGGGGAAAACUGCACCUGGGAUUUAUUGAAAUCAGAGAAAAGCUUGAAGAAUUAAAGAGAGUUGUAGCUGAGAAGCAGGAGAAAAGAAACCAGGAACGCCUGAAACGAAGAGAAGAAAGGGAAAGGGAAGAAAGGGAGAAGCUGAGGAGGUCUCGAUCACAUAGCAAGAACCCCAAAAGAUCCCGGUCCAGAGAGCACCGCCGACACCGUUCCCGCUCCAUGUCCCGAGAACGGAAGAGGAGAACGCGGUCCAAGUCCCGAGAGAAGCGCCAUCGCCACAGGUCCCGCUCCAGCAGCCGCAGCCGCAGCCGCAGCCACCAGAGAAGCGGGCACAGCUCUCGAGACAGGAGCAGAGAGCGAUCCCGGAGGAGAUCCUCAAAAGAAAGAUUCAGAGACCAAGACUUAGCAUCACGUGACAGAGACAGGCGUUCCAGAGCCAGAUCACCUCGGGACCGAGAUCGGAAAGAUCAGAAGCGGUCCUAUGAGUGCGCUAAUGGCAGAGCAGAAGACAGGCGGAGCUCAGAAGAGCGCGAAGCGGGGGAGAUAUGUUAGCCGUGUGCCUGCCUCCGUCCUUAAGCUCCCGG